ACACCUUGUUGUGGGUUUGUUGUGUUUCCCGCUCUCCAAAACGCACACGGGAGCCGGAGUCUUGCGCUCCGUGCUCCGGCAGCAGCAAGCGUCAGAUGGGACUGCGGUGUACUCCCGGACACUCCGCUCCAGUUACCCUCUUUCACGAGUCCCGUCCGGCGACUAUGUAACACCGCCACAACGGAACAGCCCCCGAAGGGACGUCUCGCCAUCAGAGUGUAUAUCUGGCCUUAACACACCGGCGCCGACACGUAGCGGCGCGCAUUUCACGUGUGUCAAAAGCCGCCCCUAGCACCAACUGGAAGCGGCGCGACGGUCGCGCUGCAUUUUAAAAUCAGGAAGUCACCUGUCGAUCAACCGCAACAAAGAGACGAAACGCAAUGGGCCCUGCCCGCUGCCUCUGAUUGUCCCUCCCUCCCCUCACCCCUGGUGACCCCUGCCCCAAGAGAGCAAGGCGGUAGGUCGAGCACGGGCCAGCGCGGGCACAGGCUGACAUGAAGCCGAGGAGGAAGCUGCUGCUGGCGGCCCUGCUGGCCUGGCUCCUCCUCUUCCUACUGUCCCUCUCCCUGGACAAGGGGCCAGAGGCGGUGGCGUGGGGCAAGCUCAGAGUCUCCCUCACCCUCACCCCCGGGACCACCGGCUCGGGGGAGGUGCCCGACACGCCGCAGGGCUCAGCGCUGGACCCCCGGGAUGAGGGGGGCCUGGAGGGGGGUGGUGAGGAGGUGGAGGAGGAGGAGGGAAGGAGCAGGCGCAGAGAGAAGCAGCAGCUGAAGGAGGAGGGGAAGCCGAGCUGGCAGAAGAGGACGAGGGGGAUCCGCUCGACGCAAGCCGCGCAGGAGCGCUGCGGCGUGGCCGGCUUUAACUUGAGACGCAGGGGGUUGGUGCAGAGGCUGUGGCAUGGCUCUGCCUCGUACAGCAUCCUCAGCCCCAGCCUGCAGCUGGAACGCAUGAACUACCUGAGCGCAAACAAGCACCAGGUGGCCCUCCAGGCGCGCCGGGGGCGGGGGUCAAGGAGUAGCCCGGAACUGCACUGCCAGCUUCAAAGCGAGGCGCGCCUUGGGACUUUAGACGGCAGCCAGCAACCGUUCGCCGGCCUCGGCUGGUCCCGCUUGGUGCCCAGAAGACCCCUGGCGCCCGCAGCGAUGGGGUCAGAUUUCAAAACGUGCGCGGUGGUCAUGUCGGCGGGCGCCAUUUUGAACUCUUCCCUGGGGGAGGAGAUCGAUUCCCAUGAUGCAGUGCUACGCUUCAACGCAGCGCCCACAAAGGGCUAUGAGAGGGACGUUGGAAACAAGACCACCAUCCGCCUCAUCAACUCUCAGAUCAUGGCCCUACGCAAGCAUCACUUCAACUCCAGCUUCCUGUACCAGAACGUGACCCUGGUGGCCUGGGACCCAGCGCCCUACUCCCUCAACCUGUCGGAGAGGCACAACAUACACAGCUUCAGUCACACCAUGCUGUGGUAUGAGAACCCGGACUUCGACCUCUUCACGUCGUACGUGAGGUGGAGGCAGGACCGGCCGGACCAGCCCUUCUACAUCCUCCACCCCGCCUACCUGUGGCGCCUGUGGGACGUGAUCCAGUCCAACACCCAGGAGAACAUCCAGCCCAACCCGCCCUCCUCCGGCUUCAUCGGUACGGUGCUGAUGAUGGCGCUGUGCCGCCAGGUGCACGUCUACGAGUACGUGCCGUCGGCGCGGCAGACGGACCUGUGCCACUACUACGAGGAGAUCCAUGACGAAGCGUGCACACUGGGCGCCUACCACCCACUGCUCUACGAGAAGCAGCUGGUGCAGCGCAUGAACGCCGGUACCUGUGAUGACCUCCGGGUCAAAGGUCGCGUCACCCUGCAGGGGUUCGGCUCCGAUGGCUGCAUUGCGGCGCCGUCCAACCGUGACAUGUGACCCCCCCCCUGUCUAUCCCAGGGACGCCGUGAAAAUAAAUGGGUCGCCGAAUGUGAGAAAAAAGUCGGUGAUAAAACUGGUGAGAACGUGGCAACGUUUUUUACGUCCGAAACUUUCGAUGGAGGACAUGGAGAUGAUGGGGAGGACACAUGAUAGGUUCAGAGGAAAACUCCAAGGGAACUUUGUUUGUGAGUAUUUUAACACAAAAGUGCACUUCCUUUCACUGGGAAGCACAUCGACAUAAUGUGACGUCUGUUAACGUUCUUGCUUGGUUCCCGACAUUCUUUGAAACGUUUCCCGUCGUGUUUGCAAUAAUGUUUUCGGUGGGGGAGAACCAUGUGCAAUAAUUUUAUUCUAGGUUCUAUAACACCAUGUCGGGAAUAACAGGUUAAGUCGUUUAGGGAAUUGUAAUCUUUCACUGUUUAAUUUAUGAAUAUAUCACAAAGCACAAGUUUGAUAACUUCUGGCAUUUCUUUGAAAGACUGCGUCGUUUUUUACACCUUUUGUGAUAAGGAUGGAUGGAUUUUUUUUCCGAAAGACCCCAGUGAGCCAGGGUCCAUGGUCUUUGUGGAACCGGAAAAAUUCCACUUUCAUACUAUCAGGAGGCUUUGUAAUAGUGUUACGCUUCAUUUUCCCAUUCUGACGUAAGACGUCAACAAACAAUAUGAUGGCCUUUAAAUGUGUGGUUACAAAAGACAGUACUACAGACUACAUUGGAUAAAGCAACCACAGUAAUAAAUUAAUAAUAAUAUGCAGAAUAUUAUAUUUAGAAUUAUAAUUAUUAUAUUGAUAAACAGCACCUUCAACUUCCACACAGAAUUCCCUUUAAAUCUAGAACCUUGAUUCACACAAAGUGUGAUUGUUGUUUAUUAUUGUGAUGUAAGUUGAAAGCAACCGACCUGGGACUCGUUUCCCGAUAACGACGGAUCUUCGGUCGUACGAUCAUUCUCACGAUGGAUCUUGUGAUCCAUCGUGAAUUUCUUUGUCGUGUUUCUCGAAACUCCUCUUGACAUGAACGCGUGUGCACUGCGCUAACGACGUCGUAGGAUUGUAACUGUCUACUGACACGGUGCUGAAAUGGGCUCCGUAGGAGGGGGAGAUGCAGGAAUGUCGCAGGAAAAUUGUUUUAAAAAGGGUUAAAAUGUCUC